AUGGCGGUGUUGUCGGUGCCUGGCGGUGAUGGUGCUGGUCUUGGCUUCGGUCACGUGAAGUCUGUUCCGCCUCCUUACAGUAUAGUGGCCCGUGUGUCCUUCGCGAGGUUCUCAGAGCAGCUGUGGCGCGCGACCCGGGGCGGCGUGCACGUGGGCGGUGUGCAGGUGGUGGUGCCCGCGCAGGUGUGGCGUGUGUGUGGAGCGCCACCCCCACACGCCCCCACCGCCACCUGGCACUCCUGGAACGACGCAGACCUUGCCAUCACUCCUGAGAACGCAGACUUUUCAUUCUCUUCAUUCUCACUCUCCCGCAUCAAGAAGAGUGACUCAUUCAUAACGUUCCUCUCCUGGCGCUGCAACAUCACCAGCCCUGCCGCGCCGCAGACGACACGACCACAACAGGAACAUAGCCCGUGUGCAGGCGGCGGCGAGUGGGCAUGGGGACCUGAAGGCAGCUCUGGCGUGGGGGUGAGCCAGCAUGAGGGGUGUGGCAGGCCUGGUCACCGCAUCACACUGGACGCUGAUCUACUGCAGGAGCUGACUGAAGAUGACCUGCCCACCCUCAGAGCGCGGCUACCAUGCCCACCCACGCUACCCCGCCACCCACCGCAGGGACGACGCCCCCACACCCACAGCCUGCACCGACAACCCAGACGCAGGACGCUGGGUGGCCGCCUCAGGGUCGGACCAGUGCCAGGAGGGAGCCGAAGAGCAGUGCCUGUGGGUGCCGGACGCAUCUGCCCCGCGCAACACCUCGCUCCUUACCACUCAGACUUGCCGCAGGUGUGGGAGUUUUGCGACACCGACACUCACGACAAGGACUCCCCGACACCCCACAACCUGCUAUGUGGCGCCAACAGUGUGUGGGACGUUAUGAGGCGACACCCAGACUUCACCCUCAACCACGCCACCUCCACCACAGCCCCUGCCACCCACUCUCCUCUACCUGUCUCACUUCACACGGCCCCAGAUCCCUCUGGCGCCUCCUUUUCACCCAUACCUGCAGAGGAAAGCACCCAGGGAGGAGCGGCGAGCGAGGACACCUCAACAGAGAGACAGAAAUUCCCUACUGCGUCAUCUGAUCAACUCCACCCGUCCGCCUCACCGCUCGGGGGGAGCUCCGGGGCGCCAGGUGAUGGACAGGUGACACACAGCGACAGGGAAGGAAGCGUAAGGUUAAGGAGGAGAAGAAGUGGUGUUUCUCCUCAGCCGGGUGUCAUCCCAAUGCGCCCUAGCCUCGUUACCGCUCAUAUUGCCGCAUCUUCCUCCGCAUCCUCCCCGUCACCGUCAUCAUUACCAUUGUUAUCCUCGUCACUAUCCACCCGCGGUUUUUCCACGUCUACUGAGGGGCUUCGCGCGGCUGACCUGACGUUCCAGCAUGACCCCACCACUCGCCAGAGGAACAGAAGCCACGCGGAGAGUUCCAGAAGAGUUGACGUGCAGCAGCAGCAGCAACAGCACCAGGAACUGAAUGGGGAUGAGACAGGGAAGGAGAGGAAGGAAGAAGAGGGAAGAAGAGCAAACAACGAAGACUGGGCGUACCUUGACCUCACGACGACCACCACCAUGUCAUCCGUCUUCCCGCCCCCCUCCUCUUUCUCCUCCUCGUCCUUGCCCUCAUCUCUGCCCCCUCCUCCAGAAAUAGAGUUCCUGGCACCUGCCCCGAGUGUCGUGGUCUUGGCCCUGGACCUUUCAGACCAAGCCAUAGCACAGGUGGCGAUGGAGGAGAUGAGGGGUGGUGUGCUACGGUGGCUGUGGGGGCUUGGUGAGGGCGUGAGAGUGGGGGUAGUGGCCGCUUACCGCAACUCCUCCUACCCGCUGACCCUUGGCCCCCUCCUGCCUGCCCCCACCACGGCUGCCGAGCUGGAGGACGAGCUGGCGCUGCUCCCUUCCGGCGCCGAGGUGGAGAGCGGCGCCUACGGGGGACUUUACUGCCUCGACUGUGUGCUGGACGAGGCUGCCAAGAUGCUUGAAGACAAUGGUGUGGUGGCAGGCAGCGGUGUGUUGCUCCUGGCAGCUUGUAACCCGUUGGUGACGCCCAGCCACUUGUCCCACCCCAGCAUAGCCAUUGUGCACACCUUGGCGCUGUGUUCCUCUACCACACCAUUUUUGGACCAACUGGCCCACCCAGAGGGAGCUUGGGUACUGUCUGGAACAUCUCCAUCUGAGGAAAAUUCUGGGGAUGAAACUGGAGAGCAGCGCGUGGCAGAGGUGUUGACGGCAGCCACACAGGCAGCCCUCGCCUUCCCCGGAGACCCCAUGUUGACCAAGGUGGGUGGGGUGAUGGUGGCGGCGAGGCGCAGCAGUGUGGAGAGCAGUGGCCCUUACAGCACUGUGAGGGGUCAGGUGACCCUCCCCCAGACAAGUGACAGCCUGCUCAUCGUCAUCACCACGCAACAUCAUGCAAAGAUUGUAGAGAUAACAAGUCCGUUGGGGAAAGAGGUGGACCUUGUGAGGGACAGCAGCCAACGUUUCUGGGCCGUGAUGGAGCAGGGUGGUGGUCGUGGCAACUUCUCUUAUGCGCUCAAAUUCCUGACUAGCUCUGUUGCAUUUCCCGUGCCCAUAGCUGUGGACGUGUAUGCACGGCGGCCAAAUAGUGAAGGGGUGACAGUGACUCUACACACCAGCAACAGUGCCCACCAUCCACUGGAACCAAAUUCACCGCCACUGGUGGUGUGGGCAAGGGUGACUCAUGGUGGCCGGCCAGUGGUGGGUGCUCGAGUGCUGCUGAGAGUGAGCCGCCUGAGUGAGAGUGGUGCUGCAGACACAACUGUGGAGCUGCUGGAUAAUGGAAAUGCUGAGCCUGACGUGCGUGCCCAGGAUGGCGUGUACACGAGGUACCUGACAUGGCUACCAGGCGAGGGUCGGUACGCCCUCUCUGCCCACGCCACAGACCAUCAAGGUGCCGCCUCCGUGCUGAGGCUCAGGAGGAGGGAUGGUCGCAUGGUGCCAAUCAGUGCCGGACAGUUUGUCAAGAGUAGUGGCACUGUGACCCUUACAGUGGCUCGAGUCACAUCAGCGGACCUCGUGCCACCUUCACGUAUCACUGACCUGGCCGUCACGCCACUGCACGGCACAUUCGUCAACCUCACCUGGUCAGCGCCUGGCGGAGACCUGGACCAGGGCUCAGCCUGGCAGUACGAGCUGAAGAUGUACACUGAACACGAUGCUCUGAGUGAACACCGCUUCAACACGUCAACCAUCGCCGUGUACUGCAUCACCCAAGACCUUCGCACCCCCACCCCCCCACCAGCACCCUACGGCACCCCACAGCACUGCCUCACCGAACUGCCCUUCACUAAUCUUAGGUGGUACUUUGCCAUCCGAGCCAUAGACGCUGCCAACAACACAGGCAGCAUCUCCAAUGUUGUCUCAGCCUUCGUGCCGGACCUGCCCACCACCUCACCCUCAAACACUCCUGUCAACCACGAGUCCUCCAACAUCCAGACUGUCAUCAUGUCCACCAUACCAAGCCCAGAUGACCCUUGGGGAAACGCUACGUCUUCUCCCGACGACCGAGUGACUGCUGCGACACCAGACUGGAGGGUGUGGGUGGCAGUGGGUGUGGUGGUGGGUGGGGUGGUGGUAGCUGUAGCAGUUGUGGCGCUGUGUGUGUGCUGCUGCAGGAGGGACCGAGGAAAGUCCGAGAAGGAUCCUGACCGACCCGUUUACAAGAUCUAUGUAAACAAUGCUUAUAUACAGGAAGAGGACGGAGAGAUCAAAGUGGUGAGCAACGGCAAGCUGGUGGAUGACAAGGAGCCCAGUCAGGUACAGGAGUGGGUCAAUUCACUCUCCAAGUUUGGAUCAAGUGAUGUGUACGGCGGUGAGCCUGGCGAGCCCAUCACGGCCCCCCCAGAGGCGCCCCUGGUGGAAUGCCGCCCCAGAGCGUCAGUCAAGUAUGCCAGUCCGGUGCGAUUUGGAGUGCUGACCAACGGCUCCAUCAUGCGGGACGGCUGCCAGUCCUCCUCCUCCACCUCCUCCUCCAAGCCCUCGGAGGACACCAGUAAUGAGGACGUCAAGUAUCGGGACUUGUCAGAAACCACCAGUAAUUCCACUACCGACGGAGGCGCCUCAGCAGCCUCCACUGCCACCACAGACACAGUGCCACUGCCACUGCCACCUCCACCCCCAUUAGCCUCCUUAGGGGAGAAUGCCAGGGCAGUGCCUGUCACUGUGCAGCCCAGCGAGACUGAGCAGCCACUGCCUCCACCACCACCACCACCGUCACAAGUGAUGCCGCAGCCGCUAGGCAUCCCGGGCCCCACAGUCAUCUCCAUCCACUCUGGGCCGUCCCUGAACAGUGGCUACAGCAGUGAUGAGGACGGGGGCUUUAGGCCACGCACAGUGCCAGGCCCAGGGCCGAGGAGGUACUUACCCACCCACUUCUCUUCCUUCCGCUACCUUCCUCCGCCCCCUGAGUACCGCUCGGCUGUGAGUGGUAGCAUAGGCAUCAGCGGUGCUGUGGACUACCCUACCUGCCACACAAUUUCCCGCGCUGCCACCACGCUGCCACACGGGACUGUGCGCAGUGUUAAGAAGCGACGCCACAUAUCUUUUGUGUAGCACAGGAACAACCAACAUGCCAUCCUGACAUGUUUAGGGAACUUUCUGCAUGUUGCAUUAGACAGUUUGUUCCUGGUAGUGGAUAACAAGUAUAACAAGUGCUUUAAUACAUACCAUAAAAGCUUGGCACCAAUGACACCUGUAGUGAUGAACUGACUUCAUGUUGUUCAUAGAUGCCACAGCGCUGUGCUGCUGUGGUGGAUGUGCUCCAUUCGUGUCUCAUGGCUAGAAAACAGUCACAUAGUUCAGCGAAUAUUUUCAAGACAGUGAACAUAUUGUAAACAAGGAUCACUUUCAUUUCUUAGAAAGACCAAUGUUCAGUUUUGUUCGAUGUGAAUUUGUAUGUUAUUCUUCCUUUUGUAAAUAUGUACAUAUGUAUUUGAAAUGCCAAAUGACUGAUGAUUUUUUGUGAUAUAAUUUCUAGGCAGUGUCUGUCCCAGGGAACUUUCCUGUAUAUAUGGAAACACUGUAACAAAAUUCCUUGGGCAAGCAUGGACCUUCAUAGUGGAUGUAUUUGGAGGUCACUGAAGAUUAAUUUUUGUUCUUGUAGGACGUGACAAUAUAUAAAACAGGAAAUGUUUUCCAAGACAUAUGGAUGUAGAAUUGGUGUGAAGCAAAAGGCUUGCAGUAUUAUUGUUCCAUAAAAGGACGUGUCACGAUAUAAUGGGUCACAAUAUAAGAUAACAAAUGCAUGAAAACUGUAGAUGAGAUGGAAAUGAGGAAGUGUUGUUAUUUUGAUCUCAGAGGGAAUAGUUAUGUAUAAGAGGGAGACAGCGGUGCGUCUUUAGUGACAGGGUGAAGAGUGCCUGGCCUGUGGGAAGUGAAGGGAGGGGGCAAGGCAGUAUCCAAGACACCUUUGACUGAUUGUUGUGUAAACUCUGGCAAAGGAUUGACUGUCUCAUGAACAUAGAGUGGAUAAAUAAGGUAAAUGUGUUAGAAUUUAGAUGUGUGUGUGUGUGUGUGUGUGUGUGUGUGUGUGUGUGUGUGUGUGUGUGUGUGUGUGUGUGUGUGUGUGUGUGUACAUGAGACAGGCUUUUUAUGAUGUUUAAGGAUGAUCUUGUGCUUUUAUAGAUUGUGAUUAAUGAUGAUUGUAAGGCAAAACAGGAUUUAUCAAUAACAACUAAGUAAAAUAUAAUCAACUAAACAAAUGAUAGUGAUACAAAGAACGUAUGACAAUAAUAAAAAAAAAAAAAAACUUGAAAUAUUGCCGAGAAGAAUCCCGAACUAAAGACUUCAGUGUGUAUCGGUUUGGCCCUCACCCCACAGGCAUUGUAUAGGAUAGGAAAGACUGAAGAGGAUCCAUAGAGGGAGUGGUGCUGCUGUACUCUGUGUCACUGUGUCACGGGCUCUGGUCAGCGUUUUACCACUUGAGAAAACGUGAACAUGAUAUGAUUACAGUCAAUGGGCGAUGUUCUCAUCUAUUGACUGGCCUUCAUAUUUGAGGACAUUGUAUUCCUACCAAGACAUGUCUUUAUUAAGAGUAUACAGAUACCCAUAACUAUAUUGUUAUUAAAAUAGAUAAGCAGUUUUGGUAAGAAUAAAGUCAGCUAACCAUAUAAUUAAAUGAAAAGGAAAUCGAUAUGAAAUACAUAGGACAGUGAGUGUGUGUGUGUGUGUGUGUGUCAGUGGUGCGCGCCCCAGGUGACGGAAUCACUGGGCCAUUCCUGACAGGCACAGUAAGGCUCUGCAGGAGCACGUGUGAGCCCAUCCCAUGACCAAAGAUUCACCUGCCUCCUUGUUUUAGUUUUAAAUUGGAGUCAUGAAUCCAUGUCUCUGGUAUCUUAAACUGGUUGUGUACAUAGUUCUCUGUAUUAUUUUGUACAUAUUCUGUAACAUGUGCUUCCUGAAAAGAAUGUACUGA